CGAUAUCCCAAAUAAUCAACAGGGCUAUAGCGUCGACUGUCAUGCGAUGCAACCUGAUCAAGGACAUUCAAGAUCUCCGUUCUCAGCCCAGGAAAUGCCAAGGGGCAUGCAGUGGAUCUCUACAAGUUCAACUCUUAUUAUUACAGGAAACGCAUGGAACGUGUCAAUGGAAGCGGCGGGCCUUCGGGAAACAGGCCGAACCGUGCUAACUGGCUAUCCUUUUUAGGAUUAGCGCAUGCGCUACACGGUCACGAGGGUUGGCUCCUCCGGCGGCCUGCAGGCGCCAGGCACGCAGCCCUUUCCCCCGGCGGGCUACUUCUUCCCGCCCUCGUCCCCCUCCAAACUCUCCGUUGUUUUUUCCCUUCGCCAGGGUUCCCAUCCGACUCUGCCUUUCCAUCGAGCGAGCUUUUCGCUGCAUUUUGGCCGCCACUACCGGUAUUUGGUGUCCUGUCUCACGGCCGGCGCCAAACGGUGCGUAGGCUUUGGCCCCCCGCGUUUCCUUUUACCUUGUCCCUUUCUUUUGUGCUGCGUUGUCUCAAAAAUCCUACUUUUUAAUACUUCGCUGCCACUGCCGGUGCUACGAACUCGAGCUUCAACAACGCCAUUGACUUGCCUUGUUGCCACUCGCGAUAUCAGCGUCACUGGUUUUUGCGACUCCUUUUGGAUCUUUGCAAAAUUCGCCCAAGAUACCCCCUUUGUUGCAAUCCAAUCCGUUCAUACUACUGGCACACAGUUCGGUCGGGUCGCCCGUUGGUCAUCGAUUGCCCAGUAUUGGCUGCCACCCCUGUGUACUCAAUCAAUUAAAGCAUAGAAGAAAAAUUCGAAGAGACGGGAAUUACAAAAAGACAAGAGAAAAAAGAGCAAAAGAAGUUCCCAUUUGGAAAAAAAUUAAAAAAGAAAAAAGAAAGCAAUUGCUGGAUCCGCCUUGACGGCCAUUCAUUCCUUCCGACAUCUUUGUCCGGUUUCAUUUCCUUAUUUUCUUUUUCUUGGUUAUACCAGAAGAGGAGGUCUUCAGGAGAUCUUUUCUUAUUACUAUUAUUCCUUGACACCUUUUUUAUACCCUCGUCGCUAGUCGUCGCAUGUUUUCUUUAUAGUAACCGCGAUGCUUAUUGAUGGCGAGAAGUGGGCUUGUGAAGCUUGCGUCCGGGGUCACCGUGUCAGCAGCUGUCACCACAGUGACCGCCCUUUGACCCAUAUCAACAAGAAAGGCCGCCCAGUCUCCCAAUGCCCUCACUGUCGCGGCCUACGCAAGUCACGGACAACCCACGUAAGGUGCGGAUGCGGUGACAUGAAGAAAAACGGCCGGAGGCAUGAUCUUGAUGCCAAUGCCGUUGGUAAACGAAAUUCAAAGCAAUCCCAUCAAUGUUGUGGCUGCUCUCAUGGUCAGCGCUGCAGCUGUGCACUGAAAAAGGAACAUCACCCGGGUCCUGUCCCAACGACAGGCUUGCCGUCCUCCCAGCCUCCCGUCCUGUCCGAGUCGAAGACACCCUACCUCCUAACAACGACUAAGUCGCAGGGUACACUGACUCAAUUCCGGGAUGGUCAUCACAAGCCUGCCCAUAAACACAAUGAUAUGGCCCACAAAUGUGGACAGCCCUACACGAUACCACGUUCCCAUACCUUCCAUUCGACCUCUGACGUGGCCCGUCGGUCUGUGGAGCGUCUUCCCUCGAGUCAGACCUUGAUGGGGGAGAGUCUGUCCCAACGUGUGGAGCGUCUUAACAGUGUGGCGCAGCGCCUGGUUAGAUCGGAACAUGGCUCACCUGAAAGUGUCCCCCUUACGGCUUUGAAUGAUACGACAAUGCCCGUACCGCCCCUCGAACUCGCUUCUUAUGUCGACAGCUUUCCCGCUACUUCUCCCUCUCAGCCCUUGGAGCCGUCGAGUGAUUGCUCUCCGCAGCACGCGUCGGUUCCUACUUCCUUGGAUACACUGGAUACUGUUCCUAGUGAACAGAUUGUCACAUCCGUUCCUCCGCUGGACGUCUCCCUUUCCUCUUUCCCUACUUCAAACCCCUCACCGACCGCUUGUCCUUUCCGUGAAGCCCCUUACCAGGAUCACUAUUUUGCAUCUCCUGAUACCGACUUCUCAUUGAGUUCUGCUGCUUUCAAUGCUCCACCGGUUGACUGGUCGAGCUUCCCCUUCUACUCAGCCGAUAUGACUGCUGCGACCAGCACCCAGGCUCCCUCCUACGCCAGUCUUGACUACGGUUCCGCCACCCAUGGAUUGCCCGCACCAUCGUCAUCUGGUGACCUCUCUGAGCUUGAGGAUAUGGGACCCUUCCCGCAUGAUUUUAGCAGUGGGAACGAAGGAUCAGAUUUUGACCAUUUCCGCUUCAGCUCCGCAUCUGUGGGACUGCCUCAGACGCAACUCCUGGCGUCAAGUAAUCUGGAAUCGAUCAGUCUUGAUGACUUCCUUAAGUCUGCCAAUGCGUCGACGGCGGCAUUGGAACAGCAGCUGCAGGCUAAUAUGGGCAUGGAGCAGAAGUCUCUGCCCACGCAAAGUCCAUAUGCUGUCAGCAUCCCGAUACCGAUGGCCACAUCUCCAACUGACCCGGUCUGGUCUACUGCCUUGUUCGACUCUGUCCCCACGUCGGGUGAGGAAAAUUUCCUUCCCCAGACAUGGAUAUAGUGACCGGGUCAGGUGAAAGAAGUGGGUUCCUGGCCUGCAAUCUCUGCGCGGCGCGUUACCAGGAUGUGCCAUCAAGUUCUGGUGACGAGUGCAUGUCUUCAUGACUUUGAUGAGAGAUGACGACAAUUCCAUGUUCAAUUAGCCAGCAGUAGUAGGUUCGGAAUGCUUCAUACCGCUAUUUGUGGAGGGGUUGCCAAUUCUUUGUAUAUAUAUGCCGCCUUGUAUACCCCGUGCCUACGCGCGAACCAUCACGCUGCCCGCUGGGAGAAAACGUGUAUACAGUGAUUUUCAUAUUGCUACUUGCUUUCACUUCUUUCUCUCUUUCUCUCAAUAUCUUCUUUCUCUCUCUCUCUCUUAAUAUCUUCUGGGGUCUAUGACCCCAUCACACUCUCUUGCCGUUCCUUUUCUACUGCUUUCAGUACUGUUAUUUUGAUGAGCCGAGCAUUCAUUCUCUCAGUACCCGGGAUUUACCCUCAAGUCUCUUGUCAGCACUUGUUUUUGUAGAUAGUUAAUGUAUAUAUAGUGUUGGAUGAGAAAAGCAGUGAUCUUGGCCAGCUGACAUGAAGCGCUCGUCAGCCUUCACAUGUCGGUGGUAUUGCAGACGGCUACCUAGGCUAAGUUCUGGCGGUGAACACUAUUUCAUAGCGCAAACUUUAAUCGAUGCAGGUGAAUAACCGGGAUUUCUCUAACGGGAAGUAGUCGGAAAUAUUAGUCGUAUCCACCGUACACUUGUGUCAGAUAAAUACCUGGGGUACUGUAUUUUACGGUAAGGGUACAUUCUAUUUCAUGUGGCUAGUACAGUAAUAGUAAUAAUAAAGAAA